AUGAUAGGGGCAUACACUUGAGCUGUUAAGGGCUCCACCCCGAGUCAACGUCGCAAUCAUAUAUAUUCAUCCAAGCUAACCACGUUAGUGACCUAUAACCCAGUCUUAACCUAACGCUAUGUCUUCCAAAGAAUCUGCAUACGAACCUGGCGCCGCAUAUGAAUUCGAGGGUGAAACACAGGCUCUUGCAUUGAAAAAGACGGGCAACGAGCAUUUCAUGGCAAAACGCUUCAAGCAAGCUAUCAUGGCAUACACCAUGAUAGUUGACCGCAAGGAAGGCUUUGCUUCUCCUGGGUUAGUGGCGACAGUCAAAUGCAAUCGGGCAGAAUGCUACAUUCAAAUUCGGAGCUACAAAGCAGCUAUCAAGGACUGUAAAGAUGUCAUAGAACAAUUCUCCCGAAGUUCUGCCUCCAUGGAUGAGAGCGUAGCUCGCAAAGCACACUCGCGCUUGGCACGGAGCUACAUGAACUCGGGGAAACUAGAUGAAGCCGUUGGGGCUAUGAGGAAGCUACGAGAACUUAUGUCUGAAUUCAACGAGGCCGAGCGGAAGUUGUAUGAUAACGUGCUUGCGGAACAAGCUAGCAAAGAAACGGAACUCCGCGCUCGCAGCAUCUCCGCCCAGCAACAGAUGUCGAAUAGGCCUAAUGUCCAUGUCAUUCGCGACACACGACCAAUUGAAUACAUCGUCCAGAUCCUUGGCAACUCUGGGGAGUCUAUCACAUACAUAGAGGAAGCCCCCAUAUCUCUCUUUCAACGCCCCACGCAAUUCCAGGUCAAGCAGUUCAUGACUUCGCUAGCUAUGAAGCACAGAGACGAGAUAUUGAAUCAGAGGGUGCUACAAUGUACGAACUGCUCCGCGGUCGCGGUCUCAAUGACGCAGACACCCGCGUCGUAUCUAGACCAGGAGCCGCCUAGGAUCGUGGAGUUUGCUCAGCCUUACUGCAGUCUGUCGUGUGCGAGAGAAGCUACAAACCUGCAACACGAAGAACUCGGUGGAAGGCAGCACAUUGUGAACGCUUGAUUGUAUAUUUCGUUGACGGUGCAAUGCUGCACGAUUGAUGAGGCUGUCACCGACCUAAGUGGUGGAAGGAUCGUGGCUGUUUCGCUGAAGAGUGAAUAUUCCUUCUUUAUCAUGUAUGAUAUGAAUAACACCUGAUAUAAUGAAUUCGCUGAGGCAGUACUGCAUAUUCCAAGUUGAGGGAGUCAUAGUAGCAAGUAUCAAUAGUGCCCCUAUCUAGCAGUGUAGUAUGUCACAUCUCGGGGGGAUAUGUCAACGAAAUCUUUGGCCGAGUCGG